UCUUGGUCACGUGCUCGGCUCUCCCCCGAGAGCACUUCCGGUGGUGUUUCCUGUGUUUGUAAACUGGGGGAAAAAAAUAAUAGGAACUCCGACGAGAAAUAUUACUCGCCAAGAAACGAAAGUACGACGCUUUCGCUCUCUCUCACCCUCCAACACACGCACACACACCACUGCGAUGUCACAGCUUACCAACAACCCAGUCCGAGAUCACAUGAAAUGGGCUGGAUUGCUGGGCUGUGAGGCAGUGCUCUCCAGCAUGGCUCUGAUGCAGGCCAGUUCUCCACACAGCCAUAAGAAGAUGGCAUCGGCACUGAACCACAACCACAGUCACAACCAGGAAGCCCAUAAUCACCACAGUCACAUGGUGCUGCCAUCCGGGGUCAGCUGUUCACCCAUGCUCAUUAAUAAGGACAGAGAGUUCCACUCGUCUCGGCUGCUGGAGGAGAAGGACAUGCAGUCGAGCCAGAACGUGCAGUCGAAGAAGAAACACAGGAAGUCAGGCACACCGAGCAAAGUGAGAGAAAAAGUGCAGGUGGAGAUGCCCGAGUCACCAAGUGAUGACGGUUCUCUGAACUCCCAGGUGCAGAAGAACUUCAUCUGCGAGCACUGUUACGGAGCGUUCCGCAGCAGUUACCACCUCAAGCGGCACAUCCUCACUCAUACGGGUGAGAAGCCGUUUGGGUGCGACAUGUGCGACAUGCGGUUUAUUCAGCGCUAUCACUUGGAGAGACACAAACGCGUGCACAGUGGAGAGAAGCCUUAUCAGUGUGACCGCUGUCAGCAGAACUUCUCCAGGACAGAUCGGCUCUUGCGGCACCGCCGCAUGUGUGUCGUCGGCAUCCCCAAGGAGGAGAACACGUCGUGCUGCGAGGGACGUUCGUAUUCGCAGGAACCUGCGCAGCAGUCGUGGAGCCCCCUACAGGCCAACAACAGCAGCAGCCGACUCACAGCGUGACGGCUUCGAGGCGCCUCCGGUCAGCUCUGUGAGAGCAGGGUGGACACACCGCAGCCACUCGGGGACGCGUUACUGCAUCAGACCGAUCCCGGAAACUCUGAUCAAAAGACUCGGUCUGCUGCUGAACUUCAGCUGGGUCAUCCUCAGCUAUUUUUUAAGCUGAUUUGACUGAAGGGAUGUUUUUGUAGUAUUUUCUAUAGAUGAUAUCGACCCCCUGGGAGGGUCGGCGUAGUUUUUUUUAUACUGCACAGGCAAUAAUGAGUCAUGUAGAGGACCAAGGAGUGGGUUAAUCCUUUGUUUUCUUAGUUACAGUGGAUGACGAUUAGUUUACACACACACACACGAGUGUUAAGCUUGUUAGAAAAAAAAAAUCGUAAGCAACUGUUCAGCCGCUGUCACACGUUGCCUUUUGAUUUCUCUACCAUUCUUCAGUCGUGUCAGGAUAACCCAGGAUCUGGUGUCCUCAACUGCAUGACCCUGUGUUCAUAUUAGCAAGAGAUUUAUCGUUUGUGUUGUUUGUAGUUUGUCUCUAAUCCGGGCGUCACUUUAGGGUCGCGAGAGAAACUAGGUUAAUUCAAUCAACAACGAUGGACACUGCGUGCAAAUAUUCUUGGAGAGGUAAUUCAGACAAGCCACGUUGAAAUGUACAUUGUACGUUACUUUAGUCUUUCCUUGGACGAAAUUUCUGCUCUGUCUUCCUCCUGUAAACAAACUUGGGUUUCAGAUCACACUGUGCCACUCUUGAUCGUUAUCGAGCACUAAGACUAACCAGUUUCCCUAUUCCAGUUAGUGUUUGGAUUGUAACCCAAGUCCCAUGUCACCUUUAAGCCUACCGAACGGUCUUUUUUUUUUACAUACCAGCCUUCUCGAUUUUCCAGGUUAUUUAUGAACGGAAGGUCGGAGACACGGAUCAUAAGAACAAUCAUGACAGCGGCUACAAGUCUGUAAGAGAAACGGCUGGUCAGCAUGUUUAACGUCGCAGUGCAUGAAAUCGCGAUCCGUUUUACAGUUCGACUUGAAACCCCGAUGGAUUGCGAUGUCUUGGUUCUGCUGUUUUGUUAGAAUAAAUGGAUCCACAGUUAAAGGGGGCAUCAAACAGUUAACUAAAGAUUGCGAGCGAGGAAGGAGAAGAAGGGCCAGACCACUGACGGAGAAAUCGCUUGAGUUAAUCGUUUAAAUUUGUUGCUUAUAAUUCAUUCAAAUCGUGGCUCUGGAAAAGGUUGUAGUGCACAGAGCGAAGAACGUCUUUAGUGCUCUCUUGGCUGAAAAAAUUUAAUAUUAUUUCCUAAUAAAUCUGUUUUAUUUCAGGACAAUUUCAGAAUAUUAGGCUUUUAAUGCUAUAGGAUGUAGGAGUUUUACAUUUUAGCCAUGCAGGUUCAUUACGUCUCAUUGAAAAAUGUUCUCUCUCGUUAAUUCUAAAGAUUUUUUAUUAUUAUUUGAAGAAGAAACAUUGCAAGUCUCAUGGGUCUAGGAUUUAUCCAGACUGACAUAGAAAUAUUGGUCCACCAUGGCUCAGGUCCUCAUUGAAAUGCAUUUCAUUUAUGUGCAUAAAACUGUUUCUCUUGAGUCCAGUUUAGAAAAGUGUAAAAAAGUGUGUGUGUGUUUUUUCUCCCCCCCCACUGCCGUUUAUCGAGUAUAAUUUCCUGCACUAAAACACUGGAUCUGAACCAGUAGUUCUAUAUAAACCCAGGUACGACAAACUUUAAACACUGAACACAGAUUACAUGUAGAUUUCAUAUGGUAAAUGCUAUCUUUUUUUUUCUUUUUAUGUAGAUCUUUAGACUGCUACAGGUGUUUAAACUAGUAGCUGUGACUUUCUAAUAAGUAGAUUGUCCCUCCAGAACAGUCCCUCCAACAUCUUGUGUUGUGUUUUGUUAAAGAAAGGAGAAACUGUAUAAUUUUUUUCUUCCCAGUUUCGUUUUUUAGGCACAAAACAUGCACAAAAAUCUUUCGUACCCAGCUAGGCACUGCGUAGUGAGUGGAAAUUUAGGUUCUCCCGAAACAAUAAAUGAAUUUCUUUUUUCAGAUA